AUGGCUCUUCAACUUGGAGUCAGUUCAGCUGCUCCAUCAAACGCUUUUGAUCCAUCUCUUUUUAACAAAGAAGAUGUUAUUCAAAAAGACAGCGUUGUUAUUGGCUGUGGUGCUGCUGGUGCAUAUGGCGCUAUUAAACUACAAGACUCUGGAAAGGAUGUGCUCGUUAUCGAGCAGCGCGGUCGUUGUGGAGGCCAUGUGGCAUCAUACAUCGACCCAGCUACCAGCGUCAACAUCAAUGCUGCGGUAGUUAUUCUUGUCGAUCUGCCUGAGACUCAAGCCUUUUUUAAGAGAGUGGGCGUAACACUCGGACCAGCUACAGAUCUUCUUGGAGACAAGUCGACGAAUAUUUUUGUGGACUUCCAAUCUGGAAAGUUGGUUAACUAUACGAUGCCAGACCCAUUGACUUUGUUUGGUCUUAUAACAAAGUACACGAAUAUUCUAACCACACAAUAUCCAUGGCUUAGUUCUGGGUGGAAUCUUCCUGACCCUGUUCCGAAAGAACUUGUUCAAAGUUUUGGAGAUUGGUUACUUGCGAACGAUCUUGAAGGACUGGCAUAUCCUAUAUCACUUCUCAGCCAGCGUGGAGAAAUCACAGCAAUGCCGGCAAUUUAUGGGUUGAUGCAAUUCAAUGUGGAUUGGGCUACUCAAGCUCUGGUUGGCUUUGUUGCUGCGGAGAACAUGCAAGAUAUUUACGAUAACGCUUUCAACAUCAUCAACAGCAUGCCCAACGGAAUUUUCUUGAAUACCACUAUUGUUUCUACCCAACGCCAAGAUGGUGGAACAUCUCUGAUUAUCAACACUCCUCGGGGACAAAAGCUCGUGCAAGCCAAAAAUACCCUCAUGACUGGCCUUCCGACAAUUAGCAACCUCAAGGGAUGGGACCUUGAUGAUAAUGAGAUCUUGAUUUUCAGCCAAUUUACGAACGGUGGCUAUGCUGGUGGCGUUGUGAAGAGUUCUACGCUGAAUGUUACGCCUAGCUGGGGUAAUGUCGCUCCUAAUGGACCAUUCUUUGUUCCCUCGUUCCCCGCUGUUAAUGUAUUUGGCGCGAAAGACCCUCAGGUUCAUAACGACCUCUUCAUGUGGUAUUUCAAUACUCCACAGCCAAUGGAAACCGAUGCAAUUGUUAGUGCAGUGAAUACAACGCUGAACAAAUUGGGUAGCGCUGGUGUGCUUGACACCAGAGAUAUCUCGUUCCCCUUCUCUUACAACCAUAAGAACUAUUUCUGCAACGUUCCAGCAGAUGCAAUUGCCUCGGGCUUCUAUAAGCAGCUUUACGCUCUACAGGGCAAGCGGUCUACUGUCUGGAGCGGAGCAACAUGGUUUGCUAAUAGCCAUUCUGGCAUCUACCAAUUUACUGAUAAAGUGGUCAAGACAUACAUGUAA